GUUGACGCUCUGCGAUCAAAAUUAGAAGGAAAGAACCAGCAAAUGGAACAACGUGAUCAGCGUAUAGAGCGGCUAGAAAAAGACUUGGCAAAUGCGAAAGGUGAAGUCUCCGAGAAACACGAGCAGAUGAUGGGGCGCAUAGAUGGACUAGAAACAUCGCUCAGAGAUAAGGAAGCAGAACUCGACAAAGCAAAAAUCCGGCUUCUGAGUCAUCCUGAUGUCAUCAAAGAAAAAGAAUUCAAGGAGAAGAUUGAUUUAUGUAAGCCAUUAUUAUAA